ACUUUGGCGUACAAAAUAUAUUUUCUCUAAUUUUCUCGCGCUUCUUAUUACCAAUUGUAACAUAAAAUCGCAGAACCUAACCUAACACAAGAUCGCAGAAUGUCUCGCACAUUUAUCCACCGAUUCUUCAUCGAGCAUUCGUGCUGACCUUCUGCUACAUUCGCAUUUUUCACUGAGCACUUUUCAAUUCGUUCAGAAUCAAUUACUGAGAUUGGAUUUUUGUCACAAUGCGAGUAAACAAGGGAAAGAAAGGUAUACAACUUGGGGCAAAGAAGAAAAAAAGUAAUAGGGAACAAAAAGCUGAUGCUGAGACACAUGUUAAACUGAACAGUGAUGAGAAGAUGUCCAGAGAUGAUGUUAACAAUAGUUCACAGCUCAAACAACCCAUACUACCUUCUAGUGGAGAACCGUAAGUUCAGUUUCUUGUUUCAGGAAUACUAUUGCUCCAGCAUAGCUGAGUUGAAUUAUCAAAAGAAAGGGAUUGAGCAAAGUUCCACUUUAAAGCAAGCUAAAAAUCAGAAAACAACGAUGACAACUAUGGACACCGCUGGCAGAUCUCUUGUCAAGCAUGGUCAACGGAAACAACAAUCAUUGACAGCUGUGAGUCCAAUCCAUGUCGGAGGAUCUGAUCAAAUACAACCUUCUACUUUAAAGCAAGCAAAAAAUAAAAAAACAACUAUGACUACUAUAGACACUGCUGGGAGAUCCAUUCUCCAGCAUGGUAAACGGAAACGGCAACCAUUUACAGCUGGAAGUUCAAUCCACGCGGCAGGAUCUGCUCAAAUACAACAUAACAAGCAAGAUCACAGGCCAGAGAUAAAGAAGCCCAGAGAUAAUGUUUACAUUAGUCCACAACUCAAACGCCCCAUGCUACCUUCUAGUGUAGAACCGUUAGUAGAUGUUCCAGACAGUAUAAAGUCCAAUGCUGAAUUGUAUCGAGGCAAGUUGAGAAGUUUCAAAACAUCGAAGAGAAGCAUACAAGAUUUUCCGAAGCAGAGGAUGGAGCAAAGUUCUACAUUAGGGCAAGCAAAAAAUCAGAAAACAAUGAGGAAUACUAUAGACACUGCUGGGAGAUCCAUUCUCAAACAGGGUCAAAGGAAACAACAAUCAUUGACAACUGGAAGAUCAAUCCCAGUGGCAGGAUCUGCUCAAAUACAACAUUCUACUUUGAAGCAAGCAAAAACUCAGAAAACAAUGAAGACUACUAUAGAAACUGCUGGGAGAUCCAUUCCCAAUCAUGGUCAAAGGAAACAGCAAUCAUUUACAGCUGGAAGUUCAAGCCAAGUGGCAGGAUCUGCUCAAAUACAACAUAACAAGCAUGGUCGCAGGCCAGUGGGCCGCUCUAUGUUUGGUGGAAGUACCAGUUAUUCUGUUCAACUCCAAAAGGACUUUGUUGAUCAUGGAUCAUCCACUAAGCAGAAGACUACUCGAAAGUAUCCAUCAAUGUCACUCGGUGAUUAUUUUAAAAGGAAUAAGCAACAACUUGAAGUCGAGGGGGGUAUUAACUGUGAAAAUAAUGGUAAUGUUCAGGAUGAUAUUACCUAUGGAAGUGAUGAUGGCAAGAAAACUAAUGACAAUCCAAUAGAAGAGGAUCGCAGUCAUUUCGGUGGAUUAAGCAAUCGAUCUUCUGCUCCGUUCCAAAAGGACCAUAUUGAUCAUGGACCAUUCAAGAAGCAAAAAACUACUCGAAUGUGUCCAUCAAUGUCACUUGAUGAUUAUUUCAAAAUAUAUAAGCCACAAGUUGUGGGUGAUAUUAACUAUGAAAAUCAUGAUGGUGAUGUUGAGGGUGAUAUUAACUAUGGAAAUGACGGCGGUGAGAAAACUAAUAACAAUCCAAUGGAAGGCGAAGCAUCAAAAAAAGGGAAAAGAGGAAGGACACGGUGCUUGGAAAUUCAUGCCCGGUCACUUGCUGAAAGACAAAAAAUCACCUUAAAUGAAGAAGGAGAGCCCAUUGGACCAACUCAAAAGAUAGUUUCUGAAUUCAGCAAUUUUUUGGGAUCAGUAGCAAGGAUGUCAGAUUUAUGUCCUCUUACUUACACUAAUUGGAAGGCUAUACCAAACAAGAAGGAGAACAUAUGGGCUUAUGUCAAUAAAAAAUACAUUGUUCCAGAAAAAGGAGAGAAGGUUGUGUAUGCUAUCAUAAAUGAUGCUUGGAGGCGUUACAAAUGUUCUAUUAAAAGAAAUCAUUUCACUAAGUAUGAAAACUUGUGUGAUCGGCUGAAAAACCGUCCAGAUAACAUACCAGAAGCACACUUUAGGAAAUUAAUGAAUUAUUGGAGUUGUGAAAUCAUUCAAAAAAUUAGUCAUCAAAAUGCUAACAUUACAGCUCAACAAAAAUGUAGACAUCGAGCGGGUCCCAUAAGUUUUGCUAUCAUAAGGGAAAAACUGCGUGCAGCCAAGGAUGAUAGAGAGCCCCCUACUCAAGCUGAGGUUUUUAUUGAAACACGACAAAGCAAGAGAGGAAAUCAGCUAGACCAAGUUACAAGUAACACAAUUACAAAUCUUCAAGAUUUGAUCAUAAAUUCUGGUCAGCCUUCUGACGAGGCAUUUCAAACUGUCUUCGGCAAAGAAAAAGCAGGAAGAGUGCGCUGCCAUGGAAGAGUUACAACACCUUCUCUCUUGAAAAGAAAUAAAGAAAUAGCAGAAAUUGAAAUGAAGCAUGCUGCUGAAGUUAAACAUUUAACUGAAAAGGUUCAAGAAAUGAGGGUAAAACAUGAAAUGUUGGAGACCAAACACAGUGAAGAGAUGCAGCAAUAGAGGGAAAAUUGGAAGUUCUUCUAAGGGUCAUGCUAAACCAAAGCAACUCAGGCCAUGAUAUGGGGGAUUUGGUAGCUUUGUUAUCAACCCCAAAUGAAAAUAACAAUGCUCUGCAUUCAUCUGCAUCUGCACAGGCCCUAAAUAAUCAUGCGGUAAAUCAUAUCGCAAUGGGGGAAGAACAGUCGAAUGAUGACUUGGAAGAUGAUGAACAAUUGUACGAAGAUGACUUGGAAGAAGAAGAUGAAGCACAAUUAUACGAUGACUCGGAAGAAGAAGAUGAAGCACAAUUAUACGAUGACUCGGAAGAAGAUGAAGAACAAUUAUACGAUGACUCGGAAGAAGAUGAAGAACAAUUAUGCGAUGACUCGGAAGAAGAUGAAGACUAUGCAGACUGAUUCAUCAAUGCUGGGGCGGCUUUUCAUUUUCUUUUGUGAUAGGAACGUAAACACCAUUCCUUUCUACUUUGGGUUGGUAAUAGAACCUGCAAGUUAUAUUAGAUCUUUUUACACGUUUGGCUGUAAUCACUUAAAAGAGAAGCUAACAUUAUGGUCUAUUUUUGGUCAAAGUUUACCAAACUUAACAAAGCAGUUUGGUUAUUGGAA